AUGGUGAAAAGAAAUAAAAAAGCUUUAUCGAAGCUUCAAAAGAAAGAUUCAAAAUCUGAAGAAAAUUUCGAUGUCCACAACUAUCUAAGAAUGUCAUUGGCUUUAAUGAAAGUUUUCACGAAGAAAAUAUCAUUCAGUGACAAAAGUGAAUCAGCAAUGAUUAAGAAUGUACUGCAAGCACUGCUUGUUGCUGGAACUAUAAUAAGCAUGGCAAGUCAUGCCUACCUAUUUGGAGAGUACACAAUCCUUCAUAUUGACGACAUGAAACUUGCAACAAUGGGAAUAGUGCUGUUACUGUCAGAAAUUAAAGUCCUGUCAAUGGGCUUGGUCGUCUUGUCACGAAAAGCUUCAAUCAAAAAAAUAUUGGAAAGGAUGAAUCGGGAAUAUUCAGUUAAUGAAAUUAAGGAAAAUGGAAUUUUGAAGCAGGCAAAAGAUUAUAAAACUCUGUCUUGGGGAUAUGCUGCAUUUUGGUUCAUUCCUAUGAUUUUAUUAUUUGGUCGCAGUAUUACUAUUGCAGUCAUACAGCAUAAAUGGAUAUAUCCUUAUGAAUUGGAAUUUUCUGAUUUUAUUAAUAAUCUUGGAAUAUUUGAGCAUUUCAUCCUUUUUGUUUGGAUCUGCACAGUCUCACUAUUUGGUACUGGAUUUAUGGUCGGAUUUGAUCUGCUUUUUGUUGGACUGACUUCAAUCAUAUCAAUUGAGUUUGACAUUCUGACAACAAAUAUCCUUAAAUUCGGAUCAAUUCAAAUAGCACAAGAAAAAUAUCUAAAGAACCUAAUUGCACAUCACAUCAAAAAUCUAGAAAUGGUUCAAUUAUUGGAAGACAUCUUCAGCGUUCAAUUGCUGAUUAAUUUUCUAUUGUCAUCAUUCAUCAGCUGCUUUCUGGCAUUUAAUUUCUCAACAUCCAGUAUCUUAUCAGAUUUUUUCUUUAACAGUAGCUUCUGCAUCACUAUGCUUUAUCAAUUCUAUGUUCAAUGUCGAUUUGGUCAGAAGCUUAUUGAUUCUGGAGAUAAAGUUUAUGAAGGAUUUCGUGAAUGCAAAUGGGAAAAUGUUGAUAACCUCAAAAUAAAGAAGGCAUUAAUCUUGAUAACACAAAGUGCUCAAAGGUCUGUCGUUGUGACUAAUAUGAGCUUUUCAAAAGUCUCAUUGCAGCAGUUUAAGUCGCGUGAUGAUUUAAAUGAAAUUUGUGUGGCUGAUCAAAUUGUAAUUAGCAAUUCCAAUGUGGAUUAUCAUAAUAUGACAUUAGACAGCAUCACAAAUCAACCAAAUGAUAAAAUUGGAUUAAUUGAAAAUGAGAAUAGGAAAAUUAUUAAAAACAACAACAACAACAAUGCGGUAGCAGCAGCAUCAAUUAACGAAAAUGUAAUCAAUCAAAUCACAAUAGUCAGCAAUGAGAGAGCAACGACUACGGCUACUGAUAAUAAUGUGGAAAGUGUAAAUAAUCGGAGUAGAUUAGAAAAUGAAAAUUGCGGUAGUGGCUGCAUAGUGGAAGCAACAUUUCGCGAACAACGAAGGCGUGAACGACGCGAAAGACGUCAAGCGAGGCAAAGGGCACAACAUGGACAUCGACAUCAUGUGUCUGUGCAUCAUUCAAACCGACCAAAUGUUGUUACUAAUAAUAAUAAUAGUCGUGGAAUUAAUGGCAUUUCUGGCUAUGAAAUGUUACCCGAUAUUAUUAAUAAUCAUUUACCGCCUCCAUAUACGACGCUUCCACACUUUUCAUUACGUACAUCUGCUCCAAUUCCACCACCUCCACCUCCUCCUCAACCCCAAUUAAUUACACCUGCACCCAUUGUUGUUGAUGAUUGCCGAUUUUCAUUUCCGAUUCCGAUUAUCAGAAGUAAUCUCCAAAGACGUCCGAAAACGACAAUUCAAGACAAAGAGAAAAUACAUUUGGACAUCUCAGUGACUGAUCGUGAGUGUCAGUCAUCAAAUCAACAUUGA